CCUACUUUCACAGGCGGGUAGGACCCCAUAAAGCCAUCAGUCAAAGUAACAUAUAACAUCAUCUUCCAUCUCCUUCUUCCACAAGCCAGCUCGUUCGCUCACACCAGAGGGACAGAAUCUGGAAUCACCAUGUCUGAGGGAAAAAAUCGAAGUACUCAGCCACACGUCGGCUUCAGCUGAAGUCUAAACUGCUGAAGAAGGCAGCAACCAUGCUGGAGGCCGAGAAGGAGGAGAAGAAGAUGGAGAGGGAGAGCACCUUGAAGGAAAGGGUUCCUCCUCUCAAGCUGGCCGGUUUGUCAGUCAAGGAGCUGCAGGAACUCUGUAAAGAACUGUACCGCAACAUCGAUAUUGUAGAUGAAGCACGGUACGACAUCGAAGUUAAAGUGGCCAAAAAUGACAAGGAGAUUGAGAACCUGUGUCAGAAGAUCGCAGAUCUGAAGGGCAAAAUGAAGCGACCCAACUUGAAGAGGGUGAAGAAAUCGGCUGAUGACAUGCUGGGCGCCUUGAGCGACACCAAGCUCAUGAAGGCCGACUUCAAAGCCAACCUCAAGACGGUCAAGAAGGAGGAAGAGAAGAGGGAGGAGGUGACAGACUGGCGGAAGAACGUGGAGGCCAUGUCAGGAAUGGAGGGCAGGAAGAAGCUGUUUAAUGCUGCCCAGUGAAAGCUUGAUGUUGUCCUCAAGUAAUUCUACCCAAGCAACUCUCUCAGAGGUACAACAGAAAUGCCCUCCUGGGACUUAGCCAUGAAAACUUGGGUAAAAUUCCAGGUCCUUCACUCCACUUUUGCUGCCAUUUCUGUUGGCUGAGACUAGGCUUUGACAGACCACAGAAGAUAUGGAUGUCGAACGCAUGGUCUCAUUGUGUACAGAUCUUGUCUUGUCUUUCCUUUUAAGUUAAAUCUCAGAUUGUAAAGCGUUCUUGGUGUUUUCUUGGCUUUCUGUUCUUGUUCUUUGUAUUGGUGUACAGCCCAGCGAUAUGCCCCCGCGGCGGAAAUCCCCCCCCUCACCGUUCAUGUCGAUUCAGCGAUAUGAAUUAAAGAAGCUAUAAAAAAUAUACGAGACCCUGUCGGGAGAUCGGAAGGCAUUCGUCGGGAUUUUAUUUCGCGACGCGCCACGGGCAUCGCACCAACCUCCGAGCCCUAAACACAAAAACAAUUACUGUGAAAGAAUAGGGGGCCGGUGUUGUAUCGAUUGCUCUGAAAUUGCAUUUUUGAUUGAAUGGUGUCACUCAUAAAUAAAAAUCAAUAUUCCUGACCUGAA